GUCAAAGUUUAAGUGCUCCACAUUGAUGCUGUUCUAAUUGGCAAUUUGGAUCUUUUAGCUUUUCUCUCAAUCCUGUAAAUUAAAAAAAACAUCUACAAGAGCCUGAACCUCAGGAAACCAUGGUGAAAUACACAGUUGAAGUCUUCACAGGUGAUGCUUUCACUGCUGGGAACGCCAAUGCCGUCUUCAUCAAACUCAUUGGUACAAAGGGUAGCAGUGAACCACAAAUCCUUGAUCGCUUUACAGGCAUACCAGGCUGUUCAAAGACGCUGACUGUGUCCUGCAAAGAAAGUCUUGGAACGUUCUUUCUGGUUCAGUUGGAGCUCAAGGCACUUGUGUUUGAAGAUUACUGGUUCUGUUCCAAAGUUAUUGUCACUGAACCUGAAGGACGCCGGCUGCUGUUCCCGUGUUACCAGUGGUUGUCUCCUAAGAAGAAGGCAAUUCUCAGAGAGGCUACAGCUAAGUUAAGCCACAAGGACACAGAGGAGAUAGCCAUUCGCCAUCGGCGUGAAGAUGCUGCAAGAAAACGUGAGGACUUCAGAUGGAGUGUGUAUGACUCUGAAAUGCCUCACAUUGUACAGGCGGACUCAGCAAGCAGUUUGCCUUAUGAGAUCAGAUUCUCCUUCACGAAGGAAAAGGAGUUUCAGUACUCACUGUUGAGAGCUUCAGUGGACUUAGAACUAAACAACUUUCAUCAUCCCACAAACACAUGGAACAGCAUGGAGGAACUUGAGGCUCUCAAGAGGAACUUGACUGGAACCCAUGAAUACAUCAAGAAACAUUGGAUGACCGACACAUUCUUUGGCUACCAGUUUCUGAACAGCCUGAAUCCCAUGAUGAUCAAGCGUUGCUCAAAGCUGCCCAAGAACUUUCCAGUCACUAAUGACAUGGUCAUCUCCUCUUUACCAAAAAAGAGCACUUUGGAAAAAGAAAUGGAGAAGGGAAAUAUCUUCCUGUGUGACUAUGCAAGACUAGAUGGAAUUGAGGGAAAUGUGAUAGACGGGAAGCAGCAGUAUUUGGCUGCCCCUCUUUGCUUACUCUUCAGCAAUCCUCAGGGCAAACUGCUGCCCAUCGCCAUCCAGCUGAAGCAGAAGCCUGAGGCAGAGAACCCCAUUUUCCUCCCUACUGACUCCAAGCAUGACUGGCUUUUGGCAAAGCUCUUCGUGAGAAACGCAGAUUUUAACGAACACGGGCUGAACUUCCAUCUGCUACGCACUCACCUGUUGGCUGAGGUCUUUACCAUGGCAACCCUGCGCACCCUGCCCUCUGUUCAUCCCCUCUUUAAGCUUCUGUUUCCUCAUAUUCGCUACACUCUCCAAAUCAAUGUCUUGGCGAGGAAACAGCUGGUAUCAGCUGAUGGAGUUUUUGCUAUGCACUCUGCUUUAGGACAUAAAGGACUGACUACAUUCCUAAAAAGAGCUACUGCCAGUCUGACCUAUAGCUCUCUGUGUUUGCCGGACAACAUUAAGGAGAGAGGCCUGGAGAACAUUCCCCAUUGCUACUACAGAGAUGACGGCCUCAAGCUGUGGAACAUCAUUCACAAGUUUGUGCAUGGGGUAUUGGCACAUUACUACACCGAGCCUGACGUCCAGGAGGACACUGAGCUCCAGACGUGGCUGACGGAGAUCGUAGAACGCGGCUUUCUGAAAAAUGACAACAGUGGAAUCCCCAAGUCUUUCCACACAGUAGCUGAACUCGUCAAGUUUGUCACCAUGUUGAUCUUCACCGUGUCGGUCCAACAUGCUGCAGUCAACAAUGGCCAGUUUGACUUUGGAGCUUGGAUGCCCAACUUUCCCAGCACCAUAAAGAUUCCUCCUCCCACCAGAAAGGGACAAGCAACAGCAGACUCCAUUGUUGCAGCCUUACCUGAUGUGAGAAGCACACUUAAAUGGAUCGCUUUGUUUCACCUGCUGAGCAAGAAGUCCUCAGAUCAUUAUCCUCUUGGAUAUUACCCAGAGGAGCACUUCAUUGAGGCCGUUCCCCUUCAGAAAAUGGAACAGUUCAGGAAAGAUCUGAAAGCUCUCGAGGGUGAAAUAGAAGCAAGAAACAAGAAUCUUGAGCUUCCGUAUGAUUACUUAAAUCCGAAGAAUGUGGAUAAUAGUGUAGACAUUUAAGAACAUGGAUAAUCAGUCUGAUGGCAAUGCAUAAUCAAUUUGCUGAAAAGAUUCUGAUCACACUCCAAACAGAUUUUCCUGUUCUUUCAUUCUGCUUCUGUCUUCUACCACAUAUUGCAUAUGAUAAUUCUUAAACACUGCAUUCCACUGAUAUUUAACAUUUAGAAAUGAGGUAAUGCAUUGUUGGCUAUGUUACAAUUUUGGGGUGGUACUUAUUCUAUCAGGUAGCUACUUUUUCACAAGCAACAUUAAUGUUUAAGUGGGUUUUAAAGCAAAUCAGUCUGACCUGUAGACAGAUGAAGGUAUCCUGCUAACCAGUUAUACAUUCAUGAUAGGAAUCUGAAUCUAAUGUUAUUAUGAUGCAUAAUUUGUCAGCAUGAACCUCUGACUGCAACAACAAAGUUACAUGAAUGCAUGCAUUACAGCCCAAAUGCUUGCUUGCUAUAAAAUAAAGCUAAUGGUGGGGAAUCCAGAACUAAUGGUUCACUUUUAUUUGAAUUUAAUCAUGAUGUGAAAGAGACCAGCAGGUAAGUGAAAUUCCAUCAGUGGAAUAUGAAGUUAAGCACUAAACUGGAUAUUAAAGAGCCUUUUCAAUGUCCUUUUGGAUGUUAGUAAUGUCUUGUCUAAUAUGACCUGAUUCAGAGUAGCACUGUACCUAACUACCAAUCAAUAUGAUGAUAGGAUAGGAUGAUAUGCACUGCCCCCUACUGUUUAGUUUCACCUAACCUUUCU